UUUCCGUUUCCAUUUUAUUAUUUCUUCGUUUGGCUGACCUCAAGUGCCCGCAGUCCUCCUAAAACACCUUCGCAUUGUCUCUCGUUGUUAUCACCUACAAAGGAGUUGUUGUUGUUGUUAGUACGUGGAAAAGAAAGGUUGUUGUAUGAGUCAAAAAAUAGAAAAGCCAGUACUAUCAGGUCAACGCAUCAAGACCCGAAAAAGAGAUGAAAAAGAGAAGUACGAUCCGACUGGAUUUAGGGAUGCAAUACUCCUCGGUUUGGAAAAGGCUGGUAACGACUUAGAAGCUGUCUCUAAAUAUCUUGACACGGCAGGUUCGAAACUCGAUUAUCGUCGGUAUGGAGAGGCUCUUUUUGACAUCCUCAUCGCGGGGGGACUACUUGUUCCGGGCGGUUCAAUCGCUCAGGACGGUGACAAACUUUGUAAAACUAAAGCCUGUGUGUUCGAGCAACCAGAGGAUAUAGAAUCAUUGAAAAAUUUUGAGCAGGUCUUCAUAAAGCUUAUGCGCCGAUACAAAUACUUAGAAAAAAUGUUUGAAGAAGAAAUGAAAAAGGUUCUCGUGUUUAUUAAAGGAUUUACACCUAAAGAAAGGACUAAAUUAGCUAGAAUGACUGCUCUCUGGAUUUCGAAUGGAUCAGUCCCUCCCACUGUUCUUUCUGUAUUAAUAAAUGAACAUCUUGUUAAAGAUAAUUUAGCUCUCGACUUUCUUCUUGAAGUAUUUGUUACUUGGAAGAAUGAGAAAGGCCUUCCUAGUCUUAUGACGGCCCUUAAACGUGGAGGAAUUGAAGGAAAACUAAUGGAAUUCGUCCCACCUAAUAAAAGAACCGAAGAAUACUUCCGUUCGGUUUUUGAAUCCGUCGAAUUGGCUGAUAUUGUUAAGCUUCAUAAGGCUCAAGCAAGUCAAGAAGCCAAGCGUGAUCUCCAACAGUUAUUAAUUGAUAAUCUUGCUGAAAACCGAUCUAUCAAAGAUAUUGUUCUUGAUCUCAAGGAAAUGGCCGUGAAAUAUAGCAUUCCUGAGCAUGAAGUUAUUGGCUUGAUUUGGGUUGUUAUAAUGAAUCAAGCUGAAUGGAAUAAAAAAGAAGAACUUGUGGCCGAACAAGCACUAAAACAUUUAAAAGUGUAUACACCAUUGUUUGGCGCUUUUACAACCACUGCCAAAUCUGAACUAGCGCUCAUUCUCAAGGUCCAAGAGUUUUGUUAUGAAAACAUGAAUUUCAUGAAAGUCUUCCAGAAGAUCGUACUGCUCUUCUAUAAAAAGGACGUAAUUUCCGAAGAAGUAAUUCUCAAAUGGUACAAGGAAGGUCACUCGCUCAAGGGUAAAAUGCUCUUUUUGGACCAAAUGAAAAAAUUUAUUGAAUGGUUGCAAAAUGCUGAAGAAGAAUCUGAAUCAGGUGAAGAAGAUGAUUGAAUAUAAUUUCAUUUAAUUAAUCAUAAAAAGGCUGUUUUACAACAACAGAAAAUUAAAAUAAUAGUAAAUAACGAACAAGAAAAUAAAAAGAAAUCAAGACGAUAAACGAAAUGGAAAAUCAUAUUUAAGACAUGUGGUUUCCUUUAUUCCUCAAAAUUUUUUUUUCAUAUACAUUUAACGCGACAUUACGACAAA